AAAAAGGUUAUUUCCAGCAGGGUGCGCUUUAUCACUUGAGUAGAAGACGCGUCUUCAACGGUGAGGAGGGAAAUUGUUUAUUUGGAAUCAUGGAGUUAAUUAAUUAAAAAAUCAUGGACGAUGAUUGCCAUUCUCCCAAUCAGGCCACACUGGCGUUCAGUAAUCCCGGAACUCCUCGAAACGACCGGCUGAAUGACGACAUCAGCGGAAUGGUUUCCUCUUCCACUUUUGCAGCCGUGGGCCAGACCACCCAGGCAGCAGCAGCAGCCUAUGGUACCAUAAGACAGCAGCCACAGUCCAAGUACGCGCAGCUCCUGGGAGUCAUCGAGGAACUGGGCAAGGACAUUCGCCCGACCUAUGCAGGAAGCAAGAGUUCUGCAGAGAGGCUGAAGCGGGGCAUUGUGCAUGCCAGGAUUCUGGUCAGGGAGUGUCUGAUGGAGACGGAAAGAAAUGCCAGAACCUAAUUUAAUACUUGACACAGAAGAGAAUCACGAAUAAAAUUCUUUUUUUAGACUCUA